ACUCUCUGCAAUUUUCUUCCUUCUAAAUUAUCUACGCUGGGUUCCGUGUAUAACAGGGCUCUUCUUCUCUCUAAAAAAAAAGUUUACACUGAUAAAAAAAAAAAAAAAAGUUUACGAAAGAAAAAUAGCUACUGAAAUUGACGAUUGUUACGGCGGUGGUGGCGGCGAUACAAUUUUAUCAUUCCCAAAGCCCAUUUAGGAAACAGAGACAAUAAUGAAAGAUCCAGUGGUCACAGUCAAAGUAGAACAGGGAGAAGAAGAAGAAAAGGAACAAACGACACCGCUUCAUCACAUUCCAGCUGAUUCCGGGGAAGUAGUAUUCCCUGAAGAACUACUAAACGACACAGCUCCGCCGACUCUGACACUGGCCAAAGAGACCGAGGCGAUCAAUAUCAAAGAAGAAGAGGAAGAGGAAGAAGAUGAUGAAGAAGAAGAAGAAGAUAUUGAAUCCUCAACUCCGAAGCCGAUGGAGGGUCUAAACGAACAAGGUCCGCCGCCGUUUCUGAAGAAGAUUUUCGACAUGGUGGAAGACCCAGAUACCAAUACGGUCGUGUCGUGGAGCGAGACACGGGACAGCUUCAUUGUUUGGGACGAGCAUGUUUUUGCAGAAGAUCUGCUUCCUAGGUAUUUCAAGCACAAGAACUUCUCUAGCUUCAUUCGCCAGCUCAAUACUUAUGGUUUCAAGAAGAUUGAUACGGAUAUGUGGAAGUUUGCAAAUGAAGAGUUUCAAAGUGGGAAGAGGCAUUUGCUGAAGAACAUAAAGAGGAGGAAUCGAUUGAACAAGCAGGAACAUGGAGUAGUAAGUUUGAAAUUGAGGAAACCUGGGGUGGAGACUGAACUUGAGAGUCUGAGGAAGGAUCAGAAUGUAUUGCAAGUGGAAAUCUUGAAGCUGAGACAACAAGAAGAGGACUCACACAAUCAACUCACUGCUGUUGAAGAUCGCAUUCGAUAUGCAGAGUGUAGGCAACAACAGAUGCUCUUGUUUCUCACCAAAGCAACCAGAAACCCCAACUUUGCUCACCAGUUCAUCCAGAAGAGAAAGCUUAAGAGAGAGCUGAAUGGGGGCGAGAUUAGCAAGAGGCGUAGAUUGCUAGCAACUCAAGGCCAUGAAAGCUUGCUUGAGGCCAUUGACACCAGCCUUGGUGUUAAUGGGAGAAACGAAGUUCAGGGAGACUCGGUGACAGUUCUAACUGAUAUAUUGCAAGAGGGUGUGGAUACUUGUCCAUUACAAACAUCCUUCCCAGCUCCCAUGGAUGAUGUAUUGUGCAGUCCUCUUCAGGAUCAGAAGGUCAAUGUGAUGCCUGGAACAAGCACUCCUCCAGAAAUGUCAUCGGUUUAUAAUGUCAUGUCUGAGAAACUAAUGGGGGACAAUUCGAUUGUUGAUGAAGAUUUCACUAUGAAUGAGUCUCAAUUCUAUUCUGAGUUGGAGGAUUUGAUUGCCAAGACACCUGAUUGGGGUGGUUUUGUAAGUGGACGGGUGGAGCCAGCCGGUUGUGUUGGGUCGAUGACAUAAGUUCACAGGCACAUAAAGAAGGUUGCAAGAGUAUGUUGCCACUUCAUCAACGGUGGAGAGUUGCAGCUGAUAGCAGGAAUUCCUAAUCCCUAUUGGGUGUUGAUACUGAUGGCAUGUUAGUUACCUACAGAUGUUCAUACUUCCUAUCUACUUUUUCUUCUUUAUUAAGGUCGUGUACUCUUUUGUGUUGUAGAAAGUCGUAACUGCUAUGUAUUGUUAUAUACCAGUACUGCAUAGCUUGGUCUGUCUUAUCAGUGGAAUUCAGGGAUUUGAAUUUUGAAGUGGCAAAAUUAUUCUAGGAGCAAUGCUCCGUCUUUUUCACAUGAAUGCUGAACCCUAUUAUGAAUUUGCAGAGAUU